AUGCCUCCAAAAAGAAAUGCAAAGCGAAAGGCGUCUGAAUCCGAGGACGACAACGCGGAACCGACUCAACCGAAGGCUUCCACGUCGAAGCGUUCCAAAGCCUCGUCUAACGCGGAUGACGCCCCCACGCCCGAGAACGCGCAGCCCACAAAUAAGGUCUUGCCCACUACUAUUAGCUUUCCUAAGAAGCUAGAAGGUACAGUGAGAAUAGCCACCUGGAACAUAUGCGGUCUAGCCGCCGCACAGAAGAAGGGAUUUAAGUACUACGUGGAAGCAGAGGAUCCUGACGUCUUGAUUCUCACCGAGACAAAGGUGAACAACGAUCCAGUGGAUCCUGCUCUGGCCAGUCGCUUCCCGCACCGACACUGGGCUAUAUCAGAUAAAAAGACGUACUCUGGCGUGGCUCUCUUGUCAAAGGUCAAGCCUCUGAGUGUAACCAAAACGUUGCCUGGUCAUCCUCAUCCAACCUCAGUGAAGGGACGCAUACUCACCGCAGAAUUUGACAAUUGCUAUGUCGUAGGGACAUAUGUUGUCAAUGCGGGAGAAAAGCUCAAGACGCUUGACGCAAAAAAGGAGUGGAAUACCCACUUCGAGGCGUAUAUUCGGGAGCUGGAUGGGAAGAAACCCGUGAUAUGGGGAGGUGACUUGAACGUCGCUCCUACAGAACUAGACCUAGCGAACCCGAAGAGAAACUGGAAUAAGACAGCCGGAUACACUGAAGCCGAAACGUCUUCCUUUGCUCGUAUAUUGAACCCACCGGACAGAGACUCAGACUCAGACUCUCCCGGAUCUCCGGGCAAGUUCGUCGACAUCUGGCGACAGCUACAUCCUACGGACAAACACUACACCUACUUCUCAUACCGGUUCAACUGCCGAGCCAAAGGCCUCGGGUGGCGGAUAGACAUGUUCGUUGUGAGUCAGCGCAUAUCUGACCGAGUCAAAAUGUGCGAAAUUCGGAGUGAGAUCUAUGGGGCGUCCGAUCAUUGUCCCGUGGUUCUGGAAAUAGAGGGUGGACUAUAACGAAGGAUGUGAAUUUAUUCCUAUGGGUCAGGAGUGCUGCCUCAAGAUCUUCUUCACCUGUGCUGAGAGACGGAUCUCACCCACUGUUUGGGAGAUGUCGGUGCCGCACUGUUAAUCUGAGAAGCUCCCGCGUGUAUGACGUUUUGCUUGACGCCUUCUUAAACUGUAAUUAGUUGAUGACGUCCGAUCGUACGUAGCGGCUUUGAGCCGCCCACACUAAGUAGUCCCCAGGGGUUUUACACAUGUACUCCACCAAUUAACCAUAACCCAUAUUACCGGA